AUGAAUCAAUCAGGCAAGGGUGUAUUUUCUGUAUUUAAACAAGACGUAGGCAGCAUCAGUCGACACACACCAUCUUAUUGUCGUUGGACAGAAGCAGAAGAUAAAUUACUUUUGGAAGCAGUGGAUCUUUACGGAUCUCAUAAAUGGUCUCUUAUUGCCAGUCAUGUUCCCAACCGUACACCUGUCCAAUGCUCUACCCGUUGGCUAGGUGCCUUGAACACCCAUGUACAGAAGGGUCGUUGGUCCAAGGAAGAAGAUGAUAUCCUCACUGCUUCUGUUGACAAGUAUCUCAGUAAAAAGUCAUCACAACAAGACACACUCUCUUGGAGUAAAAUAGCACAAAAGAUCCCUAAUCGUACUGGUAUUCAAUGUCAAGCACGUUGGACAGAAGCAUUGGAUCCCUCAGUACGAAAGGGUCGUUGGAAGAAAGACGAAGAUGACAAGUUACAAUCCGCCGUCAAAAAAUUCGGUUGUUGUUGGAUUCGUGUCGCUGAAUCGAUUCCAGGCAGAACACAACGUCAAAGUAGAACACGAUGGAAUCAAAUCCAA